CAAGCGACCAAUCAAUCGACGCCAUCGAUCGAGGGGUUUGGCUCACCAGCGAUGUUGACCUCUCAAGACGGCGAAGGUAUUGCAGGCCCAUCGUCGACCCGCCCUGAGUCGUCGCAAGCAGCGCUCCUUCGACAUCAGCCUCCCUACUGGUUCACCUUCACCGCCAACGCCAAGCAGCGGUGGUAUGGCCGGCGCAUCCUCGACAUCCUGACCGAGGAGUUCCGUGAUCGCACCAAACACUACUACACUUGGGCUAUACACAAGGGCUUGCUCAAGAUCAAUGGGAAAGACGUCUCGCCGACACAAAUCGUUUGCAAUGGCGACGUCAUCACUCAUACCGCUCACAAGCACGAGCCUCCCAUCACCUCGGACCCUGUUCGCGUCAUCUACAGAAACGAUGCAGAGGGUCGCAUCGUCAUCGUGAAACCCGGCAGCAUACCAGUUCAUCCUGCUGGGAGAUACCUGCGUCAUACGCUGCUCGAGCUCAUGAAGUCAGACCAUGGCGUCGACAAGCUGUACACGGCCAAUCGUAUCGAUCGACUCACCUCAGGAAUCAUGGUCGCCUCCACCAACGUCACGGCAGCCAAGGCGCUCAGCGGCGACUUUGACGCAGGCAGAGUGCGCAAGGCAUACGUCUGCAGAGUCAAGGGCAAGUUUUCAGAGCAAGAGACUACAUGUACCGCUCCUCUGAUCUCCCUGGAUAGACAGACGGGCGUCGUCAUUAGCCAUGGGGCAGGGCGAGAGGCAAAAACCAUCUUCAAUCGUCUGUCGUACGACACUGCAACAGAUACAUCCAUCGUUUUCUGUCGACCCGUCACUGGGCGAACCCACCAGAUUCGAGUACACGCUCAACUUCUUGGCCACCCUAUACCCAAUGACCCCAUCUACAACCACCAGAUAUGGGCCCAUUACCCACCCACCAGCCUAGCCAACAUUAGCAUACCCGAUCUGGUCAGCCAAAGGCCUGAGGGCGUGUCAAUGCACGAUCAGGAGCCGGACUCAGAGAGAGCGAUCGCGCAAACCUAUCUGGACAUAGUCAAGUACCUCGCCUCGACACCACAGUGCGCUACCAUCAUAGAGUCGCUCAAGAAUGCCAAGGACGAAGGUGAGGACUUUUCCCGCUUAAAGGACGAAGUUCGAUUUGCUGCUUGGAAUAAGGAAGCAGGUUGGCUCGAAGGCGACACAGUCGAAGGGCUCGUCAAUGCUGAGCCUGCCAGGGGCAGCGCCGCUGCUACGAGCGAUGAUGACAAUGGGCAGCACUCCCUCGGCUACUGUUCAGAAUGCUUCCUUCCCCUCCUUCCUGACCCGGAGCCAAACUCACUACUCAUAUACCUCCAUGCCAUUCGAUACGAGACGGACGAGUGGUCAUUUGAGGACGAGAUGCCCUGGUGGGCCAUGGAUGAUUGGGCGUCCCCCGGUGCGCUGCAGAGGGCGAAGGAGAGGAGAGCCGCAGGUCAGGCAGUGAGGCCACCCAGACUAGGUCUGGUCAAUGAGGAAGAGAGGAAACCUUUGGCUCCUUCGGCGGCAAAUGUGGAGAAGCCUGCCGCACCAGCUAAGCAGGAGAAGGCCGGCAAGAAGAAAUCUGAACAGAUAGGCAUUUCUCUCUCGGCCCCACUCCCAAGGGCAGGCGAUUGGCCUUGCCUUUUGGCACAUCCAUGGGCACCGGCCAACACGGUAUCGCAAAAAUCCUCAGCGCUCGCCGCCGGCCCUCAAAUUCAGAUCGUGCUUGAAGUCUUCCGCGGCCUCGAAGACUUUGCCCGCCUCGACCUCCUCAGCCGUCUCCGCGCCAGCCUCCCACCCUCAUGUCCCGAACCCGCCAUCCAAACAGCAAUCCAAAGCUCCCACCUGAUUCUUUCCCCCUCCCUCACCCGCUUUGCCCUGGAGACACCCCUACCAUUCACGGCGGGAAAGCACAUCCUGCUCUCUCAGCGGGCGCUGCCUGACGAGCUACUUGACCAGCUGAUGGAGGAUCGCGUCAAGCUAGGGACUUACAAACUCAGAAACAGAGCCAUGCGCGCCAAGAAGCGGGGUCAAGGAGCGAAGCCUGCUUCGCAGGAGGCCAUCGCAGUAGCCGAAGAGCAGCAACAGGAGCAAGCAUGCAGCGCCCUUCCCGACGAGGUUGAGAAGAUGGCGGACGGGUCAUUGGCCUCCGAAGCCCGGCUGAAGGAGCUCAUCAGCGAGAUGUGGGCCACAAGCAGCGAAAACUUCAAAUCCGCAGUGAAUUUGUGGCGCGCGCAGCGAAGUAGAGCCCGACGAUCGGAUCGCUGGACCUGGCGUGUCUCGGUGGAACGCUCGGCGUACAAGUUGCCCAGCCUCGUCACCAUCGAUCUCGAAGGGCAUCUAGCCGACCAGAUCUGGUACACCGUCAAUGACGAUGUCGAUCCGCCCGGGUCGGCGGACGACAAGCAAAAGUAUGAUGAGAGCAACGUGCCACACCCUGUGUCGCUCAAGAAGGCGGACUUGGUAGUUGAGCUCGUCUUUGCGCCGUUUCUUGGCGCAGCACCUACGGCUGCAGACGAGGCUCGCUUCGCGCCAGCACGAAAGGAGCAGAAGGAGCAGCAGGCCAAUCAACAAGGCAGCAACGCACCAGCAAACGUCGAAACCCAAAAGUCGCAGCGACGCCGCCCCCCACGCGGGCAGCAGAACCUCGCUCAAGCAUGGGAGAGCAAUCCCUCUGGCUCGUUGAUGCUGAUGAUCAAGCUGGAGCAUUUCGAGGAUGAAGACGAAGACACGGGCGAAGCAGAGUCAGUAGACAUUGUCGCAUCAUCGCUCGCCAUGGCCCACCGUCCGAGGGUCAGCAAUGACCUCACGGAAGGAGGAACCGCCAUGGCACGUUUUCGAGCCUACUCUCUCGCCUCGCUCCUUCCUCUGCCUACUGCCCACACCGGCGACAAGGGUCCACUGCGCAUCUGGGAACCUUGUGUUGGCACAGGCACCGUGGCCAUCGAGCUUGCCGAGCUUCUGCGUCAGCGUCAGCUUGAGGCCACCGUGUACGCUAGCGAUGUAGGUGAGCUUGAGGUGAAGAGAGCGAGGGAAAUCGGGGCGAUGAGUGGUUGGCCUGAUGAGGUGAAGAGAGGAGGGGUAAAGGUGGAGUAUGGUUUGCUCGAUUUGAGGGCUGUAGCGAAGGGAACACACGGCAAAGGACUGCAACCGGAAGAGGAAGUGCCAAAUACUGCGCAGCCGCCGUCUUGGCCGGCCCCCUCCUCUCUGGACGGUAUCAUCACCGACCUCCCGUGGGGUCGUCGUGUUCUUGGACAUGGCUCUCUCAACGGCCUGUAUCUCCACUUCGUCCAAUCAGCCUGCCUUUCCCUCAAGCCGCACUGCUAUGUUGUCGUGCUCACCCUGGAGGGCAAGACGCUACAGCGUGCAGUAAGGGAGGCUGAAGGUCUGGCGAGGAAGAGGGGGGAGGGCUGGGCAAUGCGAUUUGAGGAGCUUGCCAUUGCCAGAGGGGAGGCCGAAGCUGUUCUUGCCGUGGAAGAGCAGGGAAGGAGACAGGCGAGGGAGCUCGAAGAGAUGCGUGUGGUCGAGAUGGGUCUGAGGCCAGUCGUGUGUCUGCUGAGGAAAAUUGCCGUUGAAUGAGGAGGUUGAGAGAGGCAAGAGGUCACUGGGUAAUCGAGAUGUCAUUUGCUUUCGAUAAUCAAGCAUCAUGCUCCAGGCCCC